UGGUGAGGGGUGGACGGUCAUAGUCCGAGGUGUGAGGAGGGGGAUGUGGGCGGUUGAAUCAUCCAGCAGGUAUCUUUCUUUCAUCACCGUUCAUCGACUACGCGGGAGUGUAGUCGGUCCUCCGCGGAAAACCACAUAGAUGGCCGUACGCGUGGGUGUCUACCCGCCUUUGGAACCACCUCCUGGGCUUUCAUCGCAAACGGCGUUUGUAUGCCCUCCAGGCACAGAGUGUACAUGCACCGGCGCAUCACAUCCCCCCUUCCCCUGGCUGUUGAACGGGUUGGUCUCUUUGUCUCGUUUUCGGUCUCGUAAACUCGCUACCCAAUACCACGAAAUGGUUGCCCUUUUCAGUCUCGUAAACUCGCUACCCAAUACCACGAAAUGGUUACCCUUUUCAGCGAUAGCAGAAGGCAAGAGAGAGGAUAGUGAGAGGAAGCGUGCUCCUGCCAACCGAGACAAGGAAACAACACAAAAGCGAACACUGAAAGAAAGACGACGUCAGGAUGGGUAUUCUGAUAUUGCGAAGCCUCGGGCCGGGCGUGUCUCUCCUCGCUGCCCGCCAGUUGCCCUUCUCGAUCUAGGCAAGCAGGCAUGCUGCACCACAAGCCGCCGCCCGCUGGACAGCAUCGUCCCGUCCGCCGGGCUGACGGGGAUCCAGACACAGAUCAAUUAGCCAUUACAAAACGAGAGAAAUAAGGACUAAAACCGAAAUGUCGAUCCAGGCACGCACCGCGGAAUGAAACCGCAGAGCGGUACAGCGGGAAGUGGGCGGAUUUGUGGGAUCAUGGUUCCAAAAAUCGGAUGUGCCGCAUACACGAAAAGCGCCUCCAAUGCAAAUCAUUGAAAUGCGUCAGACCCAGGUC